UUUCGCACAGUGAUAAAUUCCAGUGACAUGCAAUUUUUGUAAUGGCAAAAUAUUUGUAAGAAACUGCAAACAAAUGCAAAUGUGCAGUCGAUGUGUGGAAUGCGACAACAUUAUACUCGAUAAUUUCAAUUAUUGCGAGUGUUGUGGCUUAGAAACAAUUAGGCAGUUAAGAAUAAACAAGGCUCGGGCACUAUCAAACCUUUUUCCUAAAAAGCAAAAAGCUGCUUCUGCUGCAUCACAAGAUUUAUUUGAUGACUUUCAGGUUGAUAACGAAGAGUUGACGCUAAUCGAGGAUUCAUUGAUGAUUGAUGAUGCUUCUUCGGACAACAAGAAAAAACAGCUACUGUCAGUCAGCAGUGAUGAUGCUUCUUCGGACAACAAGGAAAAACAGCUGCUGUCAGUCAGCAGUGAUUUUAUUUCUUUAGAAGAAGAAGAGAAAGAAAACAUAUCAAAUGGCGGGCAGACCCCCGAAAAAACGUAAAUAUUCAAGCAGGUUUAGUACAGAAUAUCAGCCCCCCAGGACUAACUAUUUAUAUUUAGCACUUUCAAAUAACACCAUUCAAGUAUCAGUACAUUCAGUUGGUUCUA